AUGCAUCCCUCUCCAUUGCAUCAUUCGCCUGGCUUGAUGAGCCCAACAGCAGACCGUGAACGACGUGAAUCAUUACCGUCCAUACAGCACCUUACGGCUGCUGAACCAUCACUACAACCACAACCACCACAACAGCAGCAAGUCGUCCAUGACCCAAGCACACGACGGCAUUCGAUUCAUACAACAAAGAUAACAUUGGCCAAUGAUGAUAUCAAUCAACGCCGUAGUUCAAUGACACCUUAUUCACGUACACCUGAAUUACGAGCCAGCCAUAAGCUUGCUGAACGACGACGUCGCAAGGAAAUGAAAGAACUCUUUGAUGAUUUACUCAAUGUGCUUCCAAUCGACAAGGGUGCCAAAACAUCCAAAUGGGAAAUCCUUAGCAAAGCGGUGGAUUACAUUGGUGAUCUGCGACAACGAGAAGCCAUGUUUGCACGUGAGAAGGAUCUUCUUUUGAAAGAAAAGGCCGCCUUUCAGAACAGACGAGAUUAUCCAUGA